AACAACUAACUUCUCUCUCUCUCCCUACUCUCUCUCUCUCUUCAGUCUCUGCGUCUCUCCUACCUCUGGGGGGCUUUGGAAUAUUGGCGAUCGUUUAAUUCGGGCUCUAGCUGAGCAAUGGCUUCGAUAAUUGGUGCUCCCAUACAAUCCAGUUACUUGAGGUCCGCUUUUCUUGGGGAAACAAAUGGAAUUCGUGUUUCGGGGAUUUCUGCACCUCGGCUUGCUGUUGUGAGAAAGACAGUAGAGUGCAAAGAGUCUAGAAUCGGGAAGCAGCCGAUUCCAGUGCCGUCGAAUGUGACCCUCGUAAUGGACGGCCAGGAUUUGAAGGUGAAAGGACCUCUUGGAGAGCUCGCUAUUACUUACCCACGGGAGAUCCUGCUCGACAAGGACGAUUCUGGAAUUUUACGAGUGAGGAAGGCAGUCGAGACUAGAAGAGCCAACCAGAUGCAUGGCUUAUUCAGGACCCUAACCGAUAACAUGGUGGUGGGUGUUUCGAAAGGUUUCGAGAAGAAACUGCAGUUAGUGGGCACCGGUUAUCGUGCCACAGUCGAAGGAAAGGACAUUGUUCUUAACCUGGGGUUUUCUCACCCAGUCAGAAUGACAAUCCCGGACGGGCUGCAGGUGAAAGUUGACGAAAAUACGAAAAUUGCAGUUACUGGGUACGACAAAUCGGCAAUCGGUCAAUUUGCCGCUUCGAUUAGGAAGUGGAGACCCCCGGAGCCGUACAAGGGUAAAGGAGUGAAAUAUGCUGAUGAAAUUGUGAGAAGAAAGGAGGGUAAAGCAGGCAAGAAGAAAUAAGCAAAUGCACUAUUUGACAUUAAUUAUAUUUUUUUUGUCUGGCUUUUGUUUAUUGUCUAUAUGUUUUUUUGGAGAUGUUUAUGAAGAAUUGAUGUUUGUUUAAUUGACUGUUGAGGACUAGUUUUGUUCAAUGUUAGAAUUACUUUUGGAUUUUCUCAUUCUAUGUAUCAUGUAUUUAUUACUGAAUGCGUAUAUAUAGGGAUAAUUACACUUUUGGU